AUGCUUGUCAAAUCCACCGUCGUCACCCUGCUGGUGGCUGUUAGCUCAGCCUCAGCUGCCGUCCUGUCAUAUGGCAAGGAAUCUGUCAUGAGAGAGGACGCCGAUUUUGGCCUCUGUCUGCCGACGAUGAAAUUUGAGGGUAGUCUUGGUGGACGGUCGUCGGUGGACUUUACCUUCUUGCCCACCGAUCCGUUGUGUGCUCGUGGCCAGCAAGAGGCAUCCAACCCAAAUAUCAUCACCAACCGAAUUUGCGACCAACUUGCAACCGUCUGUGGAGCAAACGAAGCCGCAAAGGCUCUUUGCCGCGAGUCUCAGGCCAAGAUCCGAGCUUUGGGAACUCGCGACAGGUCCACUGCAGAGACCUGGAACACGCUCAUGGGCUUUGGCGGUGCCCUGACCAACCCCGAUGGUGGAGCUUCGGCGCCCAAUGCCGUCAAGGACGACCUGAAGAAGAGAGACACCAAGAACGUAGAGAAGCGGGCUCCUAUUAUUUACUGCUCUACCACUGAAUGGAUUGACAACUGCACUGGAUGGCCCGCUCCCGAACCCGUCGUCAAAAGAUCCGAAGAUGCUGCUGUUGCUGUUGCUGCUCCGGCCGUCGAGAAGCGCAGUGUGGAGGCUGUUGCGGAGCCGGCGAUGAAGAAGAGGUCGGAGGAGAAAGCCAAGAGGGCGGAUAUUCCCAUGAUCUACUGUUCGACAACCGAGUGGAUUGAUGACUGCACCGGGUGGCCAUAG